AUGAAAUGGACACUAAGAAUAGAAGAAGAGCAUAAAGAUAUUGCAGAAAUUCCUGUUUCUUUUUAUCAUAUUCUGUCUACACAAUGUGGAGCUGCACAAAUUUUCAAAGGCUGCGGUGGACCAGCAUGGGAUAUUGUUAUCAGAAGAACAAAAGUUGGGAAUAUGAUUAGAGGAAUGUAUAUCGAAGGAGGCUGGAAAGAAUUUAUUUUGGAUAAUGAUAUUGAAGUUGGAGAUACUCUAGUAAUGUAUUACAAAGGUAGAGGUAUAUUCCACACUCAAAUAUUCUCCUAUCAUGGUCAUGAUAAGACUUAUGUAGAUAUACCAGUAACUCAAACCAUAGUUACUCGAAGGAGGCUUCCACUAAAUGCUGCAGAAUUGGAACUCCAUUUAAGGCAAAUGCAAGCAGAACGUCCUGAGCCUUCAUUUACCUAUAUCUUUGAUGUUCGUUGUAUUCAUCAAGGGAGUAUUGUUGUACCUGUGCCAUUUUCUAGGAUGCAUUUUUCUGAAGCAGGUCAAUGCACAGUCGUUCUCCUUCGCCAUAGAAGUAAGCAAUGGUGUGCUGAGCUACAAAUUGUUCGAGAACAGAACAUGAUCACAUCAUGCAAACUUAGUAAUGGUGUGAACAUGUUCUAUGAACAUGCAUGUGUUGUUGCUGGUCUAGGUGCCUUAGUCAUAUAUCGACAAGGAUAUCCUCUACUAUUUGAGCUGUUGCUUGGCUCAGCUUAA